AAAAGCUACCGCCACUCCGCUUUGCUUCGUAUUACUCAAGCAGAAGUCUCUACAAACCGAAAUCGCUUCCAUGCUCGUUGCCCCGCUCAACCCAUCAAUCUCUUUCCAGCCUGGAGGAGAAUCGUGUGGAAUUUAUUGUCCUAGGAGGAAUCUGUUAUGGUUCAUUCCUUCAGUCUGCAGGAUUUUCUCCUCCGUGCUAGAGUUCUGAAGCUGUACAGGCAAGCUCUAAGGAUUGCUCGAAGAGCACCUGAUCAUGCUCAAGCUGAACUGAGGCAGACAAUUAGACAAGAAAUUGAAAAGAACAGGUACUGCGAUGACAAGCAAAGAAUCCGAUUCUUGCUCAGCGAGGGAUUGGAGAGAGUGAAAGACCUGGAUGAGAUGCUUGAUAUGCAAGGUCACUGAUAGUGGAUUGAAUAGUGGUCUUGCCUGUACCAGCAAUUUAAUUUUUCUGAGGGAGGAGAAGUAUUGUCCAAAAUGAUGAAAGUUUAUCUUCCAAAAUGCUUUUACAUUGCAGAUUUUGGAUCAUCAAAUUAGGCAUGUUGUUAGCUCAGGAAAAGUCGAGGUAGAUCCUAGCCAACAACACCCAACUCAUCUGGGUAUAUUGUAGACUUAUUGACUAUUGAAAUGCCUCUCUCCCAAUGAGUCUGCAUCCAUUAGGUGAAACUUGGAUUUCAAAUCAGAUCUUUCUACUACUUAAUUGAAGUAGCAAUUGCAGCAGAUGCUAGGAUAGUAAUUGGUCAAGGAAGAAAUGGUCCUCGAAUUGGAUUUGCUUCUCUUUAUUUGACUGGAAUGUGUCGUUAUAUGGCUUGUUAUUGAUCUGAGGUAUGGACUUUAAUACCAUGCCGAUGAUACCUUCUUAUAUAAGAGUGACCCAGAUAUCCCAAUACAUCAAAAGGGCGAAGCAAUAUGAUCAGACCUGAUUCAUUUGGGGAUACUGUAGAUUUUGCGUGGAAAAUUUGCUUCAUGGUUAUCUAAAAAUCUAACCCGAUUAUAUUUAUCGUUGA